GCCUCAUAAGAAACCCCAUGUCACCGCUGCUCCUGGUCUCACACAUUCACCCUCCAUCUCUGUCCAUCUCAUUCCCUCACCCCAAACACCUUUCCCCAGUCCUGUCCCCCCCUCCCACACCCUCCCAUAACCCCAUCACCAUGGCCGACCCCAGCUGGUGAGCCAGGGGAACCCAGGCGACCCGGCGUCCGGUGAUCCAGUGCCCAGGGCAGCAGUGAAGAGGGCGACCACCCCAGACAGAAGGCAGCUGUAGCUAUGGGGACCCCCCAGGGCUACCAGGCAUCGUGGUGGGUCUACCUGCUCCACCAGGCACCACGCACCAAUUUCCAGUUCGAGGUGGUGAGAAACGACUUCGCCCCGCAGGACUGGGACUACCAGCAGGCCCUUCUGUUCCUGGCUAGCACCGCUGGGCUCUGCCUGGCCGUCAGCCUGGUCCUCAUCUGCAUCUACCUGAUCCGGUUUUGCUGCUGCGACCCAGAGGAGGAGGAUGAGCCCAAGGCGCAGAGGGUUUGCUGUGUCACCUGGAGCUGUGUAGCAGCUGUCAUCGUCUGCUGUGCAGGGAUCGGGAUCGGCUUCUAUGGGAACAGCGAAGCCAACGAUGGGGCGAACCAGGCCACGUACGCACUGCUCAACGCGAACCACACACUACGUGCCAUCGACACGCUGGUCUGGCAGACAGUGGGGCUGUUGUCAGCGGCUGUGCGGGGGGACCUAACACGGCUGGAGGAGAUGCUGGCUCCGCGCACUGAGCUCCUGGCCGUGGUGAGGAACACACGACGCCAGGCUGAGGCCGUGGCCCACACCCUGGGGGGUCUCCCCUUCUGGGGGGAUGCAGGGAGCAACCCCAGCCAGCUGGCCGAGUACCUCACCUUCCUGGAAGAGUACAGAUGGCUGGCAUAUAUCCUGCUGCUGCUUCUGGACCUGGGCAUCUGCCUCUUCACCCUGCUGGGCCUGGCCAAGCAGAUCAAGUGGCUGGUGAUCGUAAUGACUGUGAUGAGUUUCCUGGUUCUCCUCCUGAGCUGGGGAUCCAUGGGGCUGGAGACGGCAGCAGCCGUGGGACUCAGCGACUUCUGUUCCGAUCCUGAUGGCUACGUCAUAAACUCAACCCAGGCCCAUACUGAACUCAACCCAGAAAUCCUGCAGUAUUACCUCAUCUGCAGCCAGGAUGUCCCCAAUCCCUUCCAGCAAAGGUUGACCCUGUCUCAGCGGGCGCUGUCCAACAUCCACUCCCAGCUCCACGGCCUGGAGAGAGAGGCUGUCCCACAAUUCCCUGGACCUGAGAGGACCCUGCUCUCGCUCCGGGGGACGCUGAACACCACAGAGGGCAACUUCCACCACCUGGUCGCCCUCCUCAACUGCAGGGGGCUGCACAAGGACUACGUAGACGUGCUGAAGGGACUGUGCCAGGAUGGCCUGGAAGGGCUGCUCUUCCUGCUGCUCUUCUCCCUGCUCUCAGCAUUGGCCUUCACCACAGCUGUCUGCAGCUUGCCCCGGGCCUGGGCACGCUUCCAGAGCCGGGACUCGGACUACGAUGACAUGGAGGAUGACGACCCCUUCAGCCCCCAGGAGUCAAAGCGCUUUGUUCAGUGGCAGUCGUCGAUAUGAGAACAUGCCCCUCAUUGACCGGCGCUCCCCGCCCCCCUCGUACUCACCGAGCAUGCGGGCAUCCUACGCUGGUGCUGCCCAUGAAGAACCGGACAUACAGUACCGAACCGAAUUCCUGACCUAGAUCCUGACCCCUGGAUCCCACCCCUCCCCACCCCGACUAACACAUGGACUAGCUUCUGCCCUGCCAGCUCUGCUGGGCCUGACAGACCCCAAACUGACCCACUGGGGGCCAUGGGGGGGGAGGACAAGGAGAGCCUGGGACUGCCCCUCCCCCAUUGCCAUGUCUGUCUGUCCGUUCAG